CCAGGAAAUCAGGGGGCAGAUUUAGUCCAGCCCGUUUCUCCAUAAAGGCCCUGACAUCCCAGGAGCCAGCAGAGGCAGGGCAGGAUGGAGCGGAGACGCAUCACCUCUGCGCGCCGUUCCUAUGCCUCCUCUGAGACAGUGGUCAGGGGCCUUGGUCCUAGUCGACACCCGGGUACCAUGCCACGCUUCUCCCUGUCUCGAAUGACUCCUCCACUCCCUGCCAGGGUGGACUUCUCCCUGGCCGGGGCGCUCAAUGCCGGCUUCAAGGAGACCCGGGUGAGCGAGCGUGCAGAGAUGAUGGAGCUCAAUGACCGCUUUGCUAGCUACAUCGAGAAGGUCCGCUUCCUGGAACAGCAAAACAAGGCGCUGGCAGCCGAGCUGAACCAGCUUCGAGCCAAGGAGCCCACCAAACUGGCUGAUGUCUACCAGGCGGAGCUUCGGGAGCUGCGGCUGCAGCUGGACCAGCUGACGGCCAACAGUGCCCGGCUGGAGGUGGAGAGGGACAACCUCGCACAGGACCUCGGCACCCUGAGGCAGAAGCUCCAAGAUGAAACCAACCUGAGGCUGGAGGCAGAGAACAACCUGGCUGCAUAUAGACAGGAGGCAGAUGAAGCCACCCUGGCUCGCGUGGACCUGGAGAGGAAGAUUGAAUCGCUGGAGGGAGAGAUCCAGUUCUUGAGGAAGAUCCAUGAGGAGGAAGUUCGAGAACUCCGGGAACAGCUGGCCCGACAGCAGGUCCACGUGGAGAUGGAUGUGGCCAAGCCAGACCUCACAGCGGCCCUGAGAGAGAUUCGCACUCAAUACGAGGCAGUGGCCACCAGUAACAUGCAAGAGACAGAGGAGUGGUAUCGGUCUAAGUUUGCAGACCUCACAGACGCUGCGUCCCGCAACGCAGAGCUGCUCCGCCAGGCCAAGCAUGAAGCUAACGACUAUCGCCGCCAGCUGCAGGCCUUGACCUGCGACCUGGAGUCCCUGCGCGGCACGAACGAGUCCCUGGAGAGGCAAAUGCGCGAACAGGAAGAGCGCCAUGUGCGGGAGUCGGCCAGUUACCAGGAGGCACUCGCUCGGCUGGAGGAGGAGGGCCAAAGCCUCAAGGGGGAGAUGGCCCGCCACUUGCAGGAGUACCAGGAUCUACUCAACGUUAAGCUAGCCCUGGACAUCGAGAUCGCCACCUACAGGAAAUUGCUGGAGGGCGAAGAAAACCGCAUCACCAUUCCUGUACAGACUUUCUCCAACCUCCAGAUCCGAGAAACCAGCCUGGACACCAAAUCCGUGUCAGAAGGCCACCUCAAGAGGAACAUCGUGGUAAAGACGGUGGAGAUGCGGGAUGGUGAGGUCAUUAAGGAGUCGAAGCAGGAGCACAAGGAUGUGAUGUGAGGUGUGCCCACCUGGUGGCCCUUGCCAUACAGUGUGAGGGCCCAAAGCUCGUCCUCAGUCCUGCUUGCCAGGCCCAGUUCCCACCCACACCAGUGCUUCCCUUCCUUCUGGUUCUAUGCCUGUGUGCUGCCCAAGGCUCAGUCAGUGCCGAGCUUCAUAGAUGGCAUAUAUCCUUCACCUCCAACUAACAGGAUACUCACCCCAAAGGGGCAGUCAGGAGGGGAGGGGACCCCAGCUGGGUUAGAAUUGGAAGGAAAGAGGAAAGAUGCGCAGAGUAGAGAGACUUAACAGAUCACUUCCUUCAUCCUUGUUGUUAUGGAAACUGUUGCCAGAGCUGGAAGUUUCCACAGGCUGCUGGAGCUAGACAAUUCAGACAGAAAGGGAAAGUAAGUCCCCGAGGCAAAGUCUCUCUAGCCAGAGACCUGUGCAUCCCGAAUGACCAUGACGAUCUAGGAACUGGUAGGGCAGACCUGCUAGCUGGAAUGGCCACUAAGGCAGUCCUGAAGGGCCCUCCAGAGUGAUGACCCCAGUGUGUCAGCCCCAUUGAGCAGCCCUGCUGGUGGACUGCCCACGAGCAUGUGUAAACUUGGUGCUCUCGUAAGUGGAGAGGGAAGGUGUACUGGACGGUGGAGAGGAGGGCUCCCUGGCUCCUAAGUGUGGAUGCAGAGAGGUGGAGCCCAGGAAGGCUCCCCUGCUCAGGCUGCAGGGGUGCCAGUGGCAGAGGCACUGGUAGAGAGCAUUUGCACACUGGAGUCGGAAGUUAGAGGCACCCAGUUACACUUGGCUCUGAAUCCUGAGAGUCAAGGAAAUAACCUGUUCUCUGGAAGACACUGAAGCGGGAGAGAGGGACUUUCAUCCACUGGGCAGGGUACAAGUAUGUCUCAGUUGUGAAGGUCUGCACAGUCCCCAUCUGCUCGAACAUCUCACCCCGUGACUGCUGUGCUUCUCAGCCCGGAAGAACUCACCACCAUCCUUCCGAGGUUCCCCAUUCCCCACAAUGACUGUUGUUCUCCAAGCCAAGGAGCAUUCCCUUUCUUAUGCAUAUACGGAAUGUCACCUAUUUAGGUAUCAUCCUAUUUGAGAGUUUGGGGAACCUGAGGUGUGUUGUGUUCAAGCAGCCUGGAGGCUGGUGCCUUCUUCAUAUUAGAGCACCUUCUCUGAAGCUGAUUGGUGGGCAGGUAGGGAGGAAAUGGAGCAGAAAGUGUCCGUUCAGUUGUCCUUCCCUCCACCCCCGGGUCCCUCCCUCUUCCCAGGACAUCGCCCCACCCCACCCUUCCUUGCCACCUCCACCUAACCUCCAGAGCAGUACUGUCACCUUUACUCACUGGGCAGAAAUAAAGACGUGCCAUACGCUUCCA